AUGACCACACCCGACGCGGGGGCUAACAGCUCCUUCACCUCAAUGAUGGAGGACCCAUUCGUUUCGAAUAACACAAGCGAGUUCAUUUCUACAAGCGAAUCCCAACAAUUUUCGUCAUUCGAUUCCCAAUUAUUCAAUAUCAAUGCCUCUUCACCAGCCCAGGCCAAACGGGCCCUUGCCGCUCGGCUGGCAGAGACUGAACGCCAGCUUGAGGAGACAUCCAAGGUGGGAACGGCGCUCAUCGAGCAACAGCGACAACUAGAGGACUACCUCAAAACUCUAGAGCAGCAGAAGGAUGAAAGUGAGAUGUCCCCAGAAUUGUGCCAAAAGCUUGCCGACUUGGAGCGAGAUUAUGCGGAGAUUGAGCGCGAUACGACGCGCGCAAUUCUGGCCCCAAAGAGACUGGCAGGAGGUUCGGAGGAGAGUCACCUGGGCACCCCAGGGUUUGAAGUAAAGUCUCCCAUCAGUCCCGCCCUAUUCGCCGGCCAGGCGACCAACUCGCCCAGCAAAGUCGGUGUUCCGUCCCGCAAGCAACGAAAUCAGCCAUCCGGUCGUGUCCACGAUAUCGAAUUUGCGACAGAAAUCUCCACUUCCUUGUUAGGGCAAGUGCGCCAGUUGCAGGGGCUUCUUGCCGAGCGAGAUGAAUCAAUCAAGACGAUCAACUUGGAGAAAUCGCGUUUAGAACUUGAAGCAGAAGGAUACUCGCAGCGCAUCCGAGCCUUGGAUGACAGCGAACAGCGUUACAAGGAUGAGAACUGGGCCCUGGAGACGCAGACGCAUGAACUUAUGACAUCUGUGAAAGAAUCGGCGGAACGUGAAAAGAGACUCAUCAGCAGCCUGAGCGCUUCAAAUGCGGAGAAGACUGCAGUCGAGCGAGAAUUGGAGGAGUUGCGACAGACGAAUUCAAAGCUUUUAGAGGAACAAGACAUUAUGCAAAAAGCAAAUGACUCGGAAAUCCACCUAUUGCGACGCAACCUGAAUGCAGGCGAUUUGGAGAAAUCUGCUCUCCAGAAGAAGUUGGAGGAGUUGAACUCGCAAAAUCAAGAGUUGGCGAAAAUUGUCGCUAUGCGAAUUCGACAGCAUGAGGCCCAAGGUAGCCGAGAUCUUCAUGAUGACAACGAAGGUGAUGAGCCUGAACAAAACACCCCGGAGAAUUCUCCACCUCCAUCUCCCAACAAAUUCACUCCCCGGCAUGGGCAUCUCGAGUCUGAAACCCUGAAGAGUUCGUUGGGCCAUGCCCACCGUAUGAUUCAGAAUCUCAAGAGCACAAUCCAUCGAGAGAAGACAGAGAAAAUCGAGCUCAAACGUAUGUUGCAAGAGGCCCGAGAUGAGGUUGAGCAGCGUCGUCGCGAGACUGUAGCCCCCAAUGGAGGACCUAGCAAACGUUUGAAGAAGAAGGAAGACUCCUUCCGCAAGCCAGCUCGUCCAGAUCUUUUGGGUGCUGGCCGCAAGGAGAAGUCACACGUUGAGGUCCACGAGCUCCACGAUACUGACUGGGAAGACAAUGCUAGUCAAGUCAGCCCAACUCGCUCCGCAAUGGGCGCACCGGUUAGCGGCCGCCUUGGCCGUGAAUCUCCCGAUGGACCCAGCGAUGUGUAUCAGACUGCCACAGAAGCCGAGGAUGGCUUCGAAACGGCUAAUGAGCGAGCAACUGCAACGGAAAGCGAAGCAUUCCAGACGGGCUUGGAGAGCAUGGCGGAUGAUAGCAGCGAUUCGGCAGACCUUACCGAGACUGAAAACAAUGUUCAGACUACUCCACGCCAGCGUGGUUCUUCAUCUUUGGUGAUGACCAAGUCUCGUGACCGCAAUUCCUACCACAGCUCGGCUUCCACAUCGGAUGAUGAUGACGAGCAAGACGGAGGAUACCCUUCUCCCAGCCAGAUCCAUAUUUCGCGUCCCCGAGUGAAGUCGAAGCGGAGUGUUGUUAGACGGAUUCGCCCCUCUGGAGAGGCACCCAUGGCGUCUAACAGUCGUCCAUCCACUGCACGCAACUCUGCUGCAACAAGCUUUGAGCAGGAGCCUGUUCCUCAAGGAGGCCAGAGUCUUUUCGCCGAGCUUGCUGAACUUGAAGGUGAUGAAGAAGAUGAAGAUGAGGAGACCGCAACUUCCCCGGCCUCAACGCCGCGUAUGAUGCCUACAUCAGACUCUCGCCGUCCUUCCGAUGCGAUGCUCGAGUCGACUCCUAGACCUGCCAUGGUUGAUUCGGGAGUGAUGACCGAUCCUUGGGAGCCUACAGCUCCAGUCGGCGUGGCGGCUAUUGGCGGGGCUGUGGUUGGAGCUACUGUUGGAGCUGCCAUUUCUGACGUUCCAACCACUCCAAAGAGAAAUGCUAUUGGAGACCGGGAGCUUACUACUGAGCAACCGGAAACCCCCAAACUGGCUAGCUCAGGAACACAAUGGACGCCCGUCAAACCAGUGGUGGAUGGCGACCACUUGUCGAGUGUUCCAACACCACCAAGGACGGUUUGGGAUGAACGCUCUGCUGGAACUCAGCAAGUUGAGGCAGGUACCCAAGCCGAGCCUGAACUACUGGAGUUGAGUAUGGCAACGAUUUCAUCCCAAGAGACUGUUCCCUCGUUGCCCAAGUGGCCAGAACUGGGUGUUGCAUACUUCGCUGCAGGUGCUACUGAGCCCGUGAAGCACACCCUUCCUGUGCCAGACCUUCCAGAGUUGAAUAUCUCUUCCAUUUCUUCUCAAUUCACCCAGCCCUUGGCGCACACUCCCCCUGUGCCAGAGCUGCCAAAUUUCAACAUCUCUUCCAUCUCUUCUCAAUUCACCGAGCCAUUGGUGCAUACCCCUCCUGUGCCAGAACUUCCCGAGUUGAAUGUCUCUUCCAUCUCUUCACAGUCUACUGAGCCUGUACUGGCAACGGUUCCUGAACCCGAGCCUAUCCCAGUUGAGCCUGUGCGAGAACUGCCCAAAUUCUCCUUAUCUUCUCUCUUCACCUACUCCACCGAGCCUAUCCAGGCACAACUUCCGGCGCCCGAACCCGUACCUGAGCCUAUGCCUGUACCUAUUGUCGAGAAAGUACCUAUUCCUGAAGUUGGAAUAUCCUCAAUCUCUUCGCAGCACACUGAGCCUAUCUUGCCGCAACUCCCAGAGCCUGAGCCAGUUGUUAUCCCAGAGCCGGAGCCGGUUGUCAAGGAAAUGUCCUUCCCCGAGCUGGGAAUGUCAUUGAUCACUUCCCUGCACACUGAGCCCGUCGUGCCGCAGCUUCCGGAACCUGUUCCAGAACCCGAGCCUUUGCAACUGGGAAUUUCCUGGCUGGAUCCCUCAUUCACAGAACCAGUUACACCUAAGCCGGUUGAAGUACCCCCUCACCCACUUCCCUCUUUUGCUACCCUUCGCUCUGUGGAAACAGAGCCUGUCAAAUUCGUGCCAUUUGAAGCUCCCCCUCCACCACUUUCCUCUUUUGCCUCCCUGCUUUCUGUUCAAACAGAACCAGCCAAAUCACUCCCACGUGUGAUUCCUUCGAUGGUCGAAUUUGGUAUUCAGACUGAGCCGACAGAAGAGCCCCUGGCUGCUGGUGCCGCUGUCGCUGUGUAUGAAGAUGAACCUCGUGAGGUAGCUCUUAGCCGUGCCAGUACCAGCACUACCGACCGACGCGCCAGUGUUGGUUUGGCUCUUAACGAUAUCACUGGCAACUCUUUGCAGAGACAGCCAACCGGCUCGGUCAACACGGAUCAAGGAUCGCAAACUAUCCUCUCCUCGAAACAGAUUGACCAGAUUCUUAUGGAUCGUGAAUCUGUCCGUCCGGUCUCUUCUCCUGAUAGCAUGGCAGCACUUGCCGUCACGGGUGCGUCACUAUUCGCUACCCCCAAACUUCGACCCCGUCCUCAGCAGCAGUCAUCAGCCAAAUCAUCCGCGUCCAUCCGGCGACCGGACACUGCCACUAGCCAGAUGUCUUCUUCCAGCUCUUACCCCCCAUUGCCUUCGGAUCACCGCGAGGCAAUUCUGGCUGCUGAAAAGAAAUCAAUUGACAUACCACCGGCAUCACCCGGCGUUAUGGGACCUCCCCUUGCGCCUGCCUCUGCCUAUCGCAUGAAUGCGCAGUCGGCCCCGCGAACACCUAAUGAGCAAGGCACGCGCGCUGGAUCAUCGCGAACUGUCUCUACUCAGCCACGCAUGCGGAGAGAAAGCCAGAGCCAGAUGUCAAGGCGAUCAUCCGUAUCAUCAUUUGCAUCGGAGCUGGAGGAGCGGUUCAACAUGAACCCUCAUGCUGGCCCUAUGCCCAAUGGGUAUGGUCCCAACACUGAUCCUCGCAUGAUUCAGGCAAUCACUCAAACCAUGAUUGGUGAGUUCCUCUGGAAAUACACGCGAAAGACUGGAUCAUCCGAUAUGUCAAACACUCGGCACCGUCGGUACUUUUGGGUUCACCCGUAUACGCGCACCCUAUACUGGAGUGAAAAAGACCCCCAAACCGCUGGAAAGAGUGAGCUUCGAACCAAGAGUAUUCCUAUCGAGGCUGUCCGAGUGGUUGCAGAUGACAACCCGUAUCCUCCGGGUCUUCAUUGUAGGAGCUUGGAGGUUGUUAGCCCUGGUCGUCGACUUCGUUUCACUGCUAGCACAAGCCAAAGACAUGAGACCUGGUACAAUGCUUUGACCUAUCUCUUAACGAGGGAGGAAAAUAGCCAUUGUGCAGAUCACGAUAGCGUGGCUCUGGAUGACAUUGACGAGUUUAACCCGGGUUUCCGAUCUGGGUCUCGUCAGACAGCCCGGAUGUCUCUGUCAUCAUACAACAGCCGUACACUCCGUCCGCCUCCCAAGCGAGCAACUUCAGCCAUGUCCAUGCGAUCCACUGGAACUCCGGGGCGUGCCUCACCUGCUCUCAGCUCCCCGGUCCCCAACUCGUCCUUGCAGGUCCCCGAGGAGCGUCAGCGCUCAUCAUCUCGACUCAGCACCAUCCUCACUAGCUCAAUCCGUGGAUCUAUUGCUAGCAUGAAGGGACGCAAUGGCCAGGCUUCGAGUGCGCAUGAUGGAAGUGUCCAUGCCCAAGACAGCAUUGAAGACUUGGCACGUGCAGCGGAAGAAGAAGACCGACUUGAAAACGUCCGUGCCUGCUGUGAUGGCAAACACGACGUCGGCUCGCUCUCUCGCACCAGUCGGUACAGCCCUCGGGUUGAUCGCAGUCACUCUCACCACCAUUGA